UGUCUGUUUCGGCUCCUCAGGUGCCAGCGUCCCUCGGCCCAGCCCUCCACCAUGGCGGAUAAAAACACCAGGAUCGCCAUCGUCAGCCAUGACAAAUGUAAACCGAAGAAAUGCCGCCAGGAGUGCAAGAAGAGCUGCCCCGUGGUCCGAAUGGGUAAGCUGUGCAUCGAGGUGACGCCACAGAGUAAGAUCGUGUGGAUCUCCGAGUCUCUGUGUAUCGGCUGCGGUAUCUGCAUCAAGAAAUGUCCUUUUGGAGCGCUGUCGAUCGUCAACCUGCCCAGCAACCUGGAGAAGGAAACCACACACAGAUACUGCGCCAACUCCUUCAAACUGCACCGGUACGCUGCUGCUUUAACCUCCACACGUGAGAGACGUGAUUUUCUCUGUAUGAUGAGAAACAUGUUAGGAAUAGAAAAAUGGAAUGAAAACAUUCUCGAGUCCUGGACAUAAACAGAACUGAUCUGA